AUGAUAAGUACUAUUUCUCGUGCUGAGAAAAACAGCGCAAGUUCUUACCGUACAAUUAUGAAAGAUCAACACAAUUUAUUCGAUCGAUUACCGACUGAAAUAUUUCACUUGAUAUUUGAUUACUUGUGGGCACAUGAAAUUUUCUUUUCAUUCGCAAAUCUUAGCGAUCGAACUACUUCAAUUCUGCUUUCUUAUUCUAAAUAUCAGAUCAACUUUCAAUCCAUUCAAAAAUCCGACUUUGAUCGUCUUUGUCGAUCAAUUCAAUCUGAACAAGUCAUUUCAUUGAUCCUUUCCGAUCAAAAUGAUAGUCCGUACCAGUCCGAACAAUUUCUCUCGUACUUUCAAAUCGGUCGACUCACAAAUCUUCGAUCACUCUCAUUGAUAAAGAUUGGAUAUACAUCACUAUAUCAAAUACUACCUAGUUUAUCUAAACUGAAACGAUUACGUUCGCUUUCAUUUGGCAAUUCCAGCACAGAGAAAAUGAAUAUUUUAUAUGAAGAUACAGAAGAAAUACAAUACAAGAACCUUUAUCCACUUUUACACAAACUUUGUGCUGAAAUAUUCCUUCAACUGACAUAUCUAUGCACAAUUUAUUCACAAGAAUUAGCAUCGAUGCAUUUUCCAAAUUUACUUCAUUUAAAAUUGAAUUUUGGUUCAUUAACAUCGAAUCUGGACGGAAUUUUUCAGCGUGCUCCUCAGCUUAAGUCCUUUACCUUCCAUCUCGGAACUCUGCACAAUUUUGUCAGAAAUCAGCCAUGUUAUUCCCUGAGACAACUCAGUGUGAUAAGUGCUAAUGUUCUUAUGUCAAUGGACGAAAUAGAACAGUUUUUACGAAGUUUUCCGAAUUUAAUUCACUUCACAAUCAAAGUUUCGUCUCAACACGUUGAUAUAGAUAUGAUCGAUGGACAUCGUUGGCAAUCGAUUACUCAAUCAUUAUCCACGUUCAAUUUUAAACUUCGCCCAAAAAAUAAAGUCAAUCAAAUGCAUCUGGAUUCAUUCCGAACACCUUUUUGGACUGAGGAAAAACGUUGGUUCGUCGCUUAUCAUGAUGAAUUCAUAUUCACAAUUACCGACUCGAAUCUAUCGUUUAUGAAAAUAUCCUCCGAUUCAUUCAUCUAUUCAACGAUACCAAAUAGUACAAUUCUCUAUCAACCUCAAAAAUCGAUCGUUCGUGGAAGAGCAUCUCUCGCCAAUGACUUUCGAUUUGCUACAGUGAAAAGUCUUGAAUUGUAUUGGGACGAUAGUUGGGAGAGUUUAGCAUCGUUCAAUAACUUUAAUCACGUGGAACAUUUAUGGAUCUCUUCCACUUCUUGUCAUUUAUUGAAACAUAUACAACAUCAUAUGCCGAAAUUGCAUACGCUAAGUUUUUUAGAUGACUCGAAUGAGUCUGCGAUAACAGCAAUUUUGUAUAUACGUGGUUUAGAGUUGAAACAAAUUCGCACAUUGCAAUUUCAUAGAUGUCGCUUUCCGAAAGAAAAUGUCGAUGUUGUUGGAAAACUAAGCGAUUUAUUUCCUUGUGCCGAACACAUCAAGAAAUGGAUUAUCAAAUCAAGAUCGGAUAUCAUUGAUAUUAUCGGAAAGUUCAAAGAACUAAGAAGCAUUUCAUUCACUAUUCAGAAGUCAGUUAAAAAACCGACGAUAGCUUCAGAAUUUCGCUCUGAUUCCAUUGUUCACGAUAUCAGGAGACAUCUUCGUUGUGUUGUAAUAUGUCGAGUUGAACCAUCAUCGGAAAACUUUGGACUACCUGAAUGUAUUCAUCUGUGGCCUCAAGAACGAGUGAGUGCAGAAAUCGUAUUGAAUAUGAUUACAAUACUUGUGAGUUUUUACUCAUUUCAGGCACCGAAUCAUCACCAUGGCAACUACGGCGCUAAAAACUUAUUUCGAAAACCUUUUUAA